GCGGGCGGGGCGGGGCGGGGCGGCUCCCUGAGGCCCUGCCCAGGCCACGGACGGAUUUGGCGCCUAACGACGAGCCCUCGUCUCGCGGCCGCGGUUUGAGUCUCGCGAGAAGCGCCGUUUCCCCUCGACCUGGACCUCCGCGUUGUGGUUGAUGCUUUCGGAGUGAGAGUAAGAGAUGGGAGAACCACAGGAGGAUGGCUUGAUUGACCUACCAGAUUACGAGCAUACAGAAGAUGAAACUUUUCCUCCUUUUCCACCUCCAGCCUCUCCAGAGAGACCUGCUGAAGGGGCUGAGCAUGAUGAAGAGUCAGGGACUGGAGUACCUGUUCCUGUACCUCCAAAGAGAACAGUUAAGAGGAAUAUACCCAAGCUGGAUGCUCAGAGAUUAAUUUCAGAGAGAGGACUUCCAGCCUUAAGGCAUGUGUUUGAUAAGACAAAAUUCAAAGGUAAAGGUCAUGAGGCUGAAGACUUGAGGACACUCAUCAGACACAUGGAGCACUGGGCGCACAGGCUGUUCCCCAGACUGCAGUUCGAGGAUUUUAUUGACAGAGUUGAAUAUCUGGGAAAUAAAAAGGAAGUGCAGACUUGUCUAAAACGAAUUCGACUUGAUCUCCCUAUUAUACAUGAAGAUUUUGUUGGCAAUAAUGAUGAAGUAGGAGAGAAUAAUGACCGUGAUAUAACUGUUGCUGAAAUAGAUCCCUUUUUUACGAACUCAUCUGAAAGUGCGAAGUUUGUCUCUGAAUCGAGUGGAAGCCUGACAGAAGAGCAACAACAAAGAAUUGAGAGAAAUAAGCAGCUGGCCUUGGAGAGAAGGCAGGCAAGGCUGCUGAGCGACAGUCAGUCCUCAGGACACGAUACGUCAAUGAACACACCCAGAACACAGACUAUUGAAGAGGUUCAUACUGGUGAGGAUCAAGAGGCUGAGGGAAGUGGGUCAAGCAAGGACAUUUCCAUUUGUCCACAGAGCAGUGCCGCAGCCACUUCUGGGAAUGAAGAGGAGGAAUUAAAGAUGGAGGAAAUACCAGCGGACCAAGCCUGUGAAGCUUUGUGCACCUAGGGCUGCUCCUGUGGCCGCACGAGCCUCUGCCUCUGCCUGUUAAGUCAUGGCUCUGCAGGCGCAGGAGGAGUAUGUGUUGUCUGUGUGUGAAAAUCCUUAGGUAGUAAAUCUUACGCAUAUUCCUGUUAACUUUGUCACAUUAAACUUAUUCUCUUUAGCAUUUAUUUUUGUACAAGUAUGACUUCUAAAUAAAUGAUCACCGGUAAAUAAGCAGCAGCUGUUUUGAAUGUCUUCAGUAGAUUCAGGUGAUGUAUAAUAUGUAUUUGCAUCUUAAAACAACUGUUGCUGUGGAGUGUGUCUAUUUUUAAACAGCAAAAAUAAAAAUUCCUCUUCUCUUUAUGAACA